AUGGAUCAGUGGUUGGAAACAUCUUCCGGCAACCGGAUCCAUAAAUCUUGCAAGAUCAAAGGUCUGAAUAGGAUCGCUUUAGCCGGACAGGUGACGGUUUGCGAGGAUUGUCAUAUAAACGCUGGAGACCACAGUAUCAAGGUCGGCAAACGGUGUUACUUUGAGCCCCAGGUUUGCAUUGAUUCCACCAAUGGCGAUGUGAAGAUUGGAACACUGACGCGAAUAGGCUACGGAACCCAGGUUGAUUCGAAUUGCAAUAUUGGGAAUCGUGUGUCAAUUGGCAAAGGCUGCAAACUUGGAACAGGAUCCAUCAUUAGAGAUUGUUGUGUUAUUGAAGACCAGGUGGAAGUACCCAUUGGGUUCCUGAUUCCGCCGUUUACGAGGGUAAGCAAGGAAAAUGACAAACUAAAACUAAAAGAGCUGGCCGCUAGCUAUAGGAAAAUCAACGAAACCCAAUUGCGCAUUUUGGAGGUUGUUGGAGCUAGCGACACCUAA